AUGCGGCUUGCACUGCGGGCACAGCAGACCUCCGCGAACUCGCAACUGUUGUGCGCAACACAAAUGACAGAUCUCGGAGCUAACGGAGGGCACUUUUGCCGUAAUGGUGCAGGAAAGAGUAUCCAGACAGAAAAAGUCCCUUUUGCUCCAUUUCCUCUUCUUCUAGGAGAAGCGCUGUGGAAUUGUGUGAUAACAAAAUUUUUUUGGUGCAAUAUUGGUAUUGGAGGAUCAAGCAGUGGAAAUCAUUCAAAUGGAUUUCUAGUAAAACUUCCAUCGUCACCGAAUGCUUAA